AUAGGUUCAGAAUCCCUUAUCGCCUGCGUCACUAAUGAGAUGCAGAUGCUAUGGGUUAUGCCCUUAUCUCAGAUGCCCGUAUGAUGCGGACAAACAUUAUCUUGUACGAUCAUAACAAUGGCGAGUACUAGUAAGUUUCAGGCAAUCAAAUUAACAGAAGAUGAUGUUCCUGGUGCAAAAUUAAUUUAUCCAGAGGUUGAAAAUCAUUCUGUUGUACAAUUAAGAAGAUGGCUACUUUGCAGAGGAGUUAAAACAUCUGGAAAUAAGUGUGAUCUAGUCCAGAGAGUAAAAGACUGCAUUUCAUCUGGAAACACAGACAUAAGUGUAAGUGUUGAUGCUGGAAAAUGGAUGGAUUUGAAGGCAUCAGAUCUUAGAGCAUCAACUUCAGAUGAUGCAUCAAACAACCCAAAAAUUCCCCCAGUUGUUGGUUGGAAAGUUUUCCCAUCUACAAACUUGCCACAAUAUUUCAAUGAAGGUCAUAUUCAUCAUUAUAUAAUUGAAAGUGUGCAAUUAGUAGACAAGCCUGGAAAUGAUUCGGGAGAAGAGGAUAUUGAUGACCUACACACAUCAAAACCAUUGAAAAAAGGGAAACAAUAUUUCAAGAGUGGGCAUGUUUGUAACUUAAAGGACUUUAAGUCAGGGAACGUUUAUUUUCUGAAGGCCUCUGUAAUGGCAACCUACAGAAUCAACAUAUCUUACAAUGUCACCGUAACAAUGUCUACAGAAACUGGUUUUGUGCAGGAUGCUUCAUGCACUUACAUUGCUUCAUCCAUGGGAAGAUGUAGCCAUGUUGCAGCUGUGCUAUUUGCCCUUCUGGACUAUUGUCAACAAUAUGGCCAUGAACCAGCUGCUUGUACUUCAAAAAAGUGCGAGUGGAAUGUUGGAAGGAAGAAAAGAAAGAAUCCACAAAAAAUUACAGAAUCUAAGUAUUCCGGAAUCAAACAGAAGAAGAUUGACGAACUGAUCUCAUAUGACCCCCGUCCACCAAUAUAUCAGACUGAUGACAAUCCUGAUAUUGAGGAAAAUACAUUCUGGCAGGAACUUCAGUUUCAAAACUGUUCCAGUAGUAUGUGGGCUACACUUCUGAAAUAUAAUUAUGCAGAUUAUGACAUAGAUGACCUGCAUGCAGAAGAGCUGAAGAUUAAACGUACAGUAUUUUUGGAAAAUCUUUCGCUGUCCUUAAGCACAGAUCCCACUGAAAUCUUCCCAGCGGUGUGA